CCUGCGGCAGCCACGCAGUUGCGGCCAUGGCGCCUCGCCGGGAAGCCGGUCUGCUACUUCUGCUCCUCGUCCUGCCGCCGGCGAGCGCGGGGCUGAGCGCUUACUUCGGUACCAAGUCCCGCUACGAGGAGGUGAACCCGCACCUGGUGAGCGACCCGCUGUCGCUGGGUCCCGAGGCGGGCGGGUCGCUGCCCGCCUCCUGCACUCCGCUGCAGCUCCGCGCCGUGCUCCGGCACGGCACCCGCUACCCCACGGCCGGGCAGAUCCGCCGGCUGGGCGAGCUGCAUGCACGGCUGCUCCGCCAUGCCGCGGGAGCCGCCGCCUGCCCCGCCGCCGCCGCCCUGGCCGACUGGCCCAUGUGGUACGAGGAGAGCCUAGACGGGCGGCUGGCGCCGCAGGGCCAGCGCGACAUGGAGCAGCUGGCCCGGCGCAUGGCCGCCCGCUUCCCCGCGCUCUUCGCCGCCCGCCGCCGCCUGGCGCUGGCCAGCAGCUCCAAGCACCGCUGCCUGCAGAGCGGGGCCGCUUUCCGCCGCGGGCUCGGGCCCACCCUCGACUUCGGCGGCGACGAGGUGGAGAUUGAAGUUAACGACUUCCUCAUGCGGUUCUUUGAUCACUGCGCCAAGUUUGUAGCCCUGGUGGAGGAGAACGACAAGGCCAUGUGCCAGGUGACUGCCUUCAAAGAGGGGCCUGAGAUGAAGAAAGUCCUGGAGAAGGUGGCCAGUGCCUUGUGUUUGCCAGUGGAGGAACUAAAUGCAGAUCUUGUUCAAGUGGCUUUUCUCACCUGCUCAUACGAGCUGGCCAUAAAAAAUGUGACCUCCCCAUGGUGUUCACUCUUCAGUGAAGAAGAUGCCAAGGUGCUGGAAUACCUGAAUGACCUGAAGCAGUACUGGAAGAGAGGAUAUGGCUAUGACAUCAACAGUCGCUCCAGCUGUGUUUUAUUCCAAGAUAUCUUCCAGCACUUGGACAAAGCAGUGGAGGAGAGCAAAAGCGCCAAACCCAUUUCCUCACCUUUGAUUGUCCAAGUUGGGCACGCAGAGACCCUCCAGCCCCUGCUUGCCCUGAUGGGUUACUUCAAAGACGAUGAGCCUCUCCUGGCCAGCAACUACGCCCGGCAGGCGCAGCGGAAAUUCCGCACCGGCCGCAUUGUGCCUUACGCAGCCAACCUGGUGUUCGUGCUCUACCACUGCGACCAUGUGAACACCUCCCGGGAGGAGUACCAGGUGCAGCUGCUGCUCAACGAGAGGCUGCUGCCCUUCCGUCACUCCAACGAGACCACCUCCACCUACACGGAUCUCAAGGACUACUACAAGGACAUCCUGGAAAACUGCCACUUCAAAGAGGAGUGUGAAUUUCCCCAAGUCAACAUCACUGCUGUCGAUGAGCUGUGAGGGAAUGAAGUGGAGCUGCUGUUCUUCAAAUUGAUCUGGCUUCACUUCCACAGGUGUUGGGAACAAGCACUUUGGAUGAUUUGCUGCUGCUGUGUUGACUUUUUAAUCUUGCAGAUUUGGGGGGUUGUCUCAGCUCAGUGUACUGGUUCUUUGUUGCAUAAGUAGAGCUGCAUAAACAACUGCUGUCACAGGAAAGUUGUAACAAAGGUGUGAUGCAAGACACAAAUACCUGUGUGUUUAUAUUUGCAAAUAAGCUGAUUUCAUUGGUCACUGCUGUUAUGAAUGGGCCAUAGAUGGAUUUAAGAGCUGGGGCAGCUUCUAUUUUAUUGGAUCUGAAGGUGGUUGGACUGAUUCAGUGUUGCUUUCUGCUGCCUGUGUUUCUAGCUGCUGUUUUCCUGUGCCACGCAUGAAAUAUUUCAAACCUUUUUUUUAUCCUUUUCUCAAGCUUCUAGAAGGGAGAGGGUACAUAGUUCUUCUCCACAGCUGAACAACUUCUGCCUGGACAGCACCAUUUCUAUUUUGGGCAUUUUAAAGCAGGAGGAGUUCCUGCAUGCAUCACCUGCUUGAAAAGGGGCAAAGAAUUAAAAGUCUUAAGGUCAUCAUCAACCAAUCCUGCAUAGCAAGUUAGUCUCCAGGGUAAGUAAAUUAUCUUUAAAAAGCAGGGAAAAAAAGAAAUAAAAGUGAGGGAGUGGAGACUAGCCACUUUUCCUUUUAUAUGCUCUGGGAAAUGCAGCAGUUAUUUUCUAAAUCCUCUGGAGUGUCCUUUUACUAACGCCAUCUAUUUCUGGUGUUAUUUGGGCCAGGGCAUUCAGAUUAGGCUGUGCCAUGGCUCUGAAUCUCUUGGUCCUGGCCAGAUGCUGACAGUUUUUCUACCAGCUCUGGCUGGAAAGGACCUCUGAUGUCUCCAGCCUCCUGCUUGAAAUGGAAUUGUUGCUAACUCUAAAUUUGGGUUUUUGAACUGUAUAAAGAUUGGGCUGAGGAUUGACUUCUGUUAACUUUAAGGCACCAAAAAAGCUGCCACUUAUGUAGGCCUUACACAUUUGAUGUGCCACCUUGCUUUUGAAAUGCAGCUGGUUUUAAAGAGGUGAAUGGCAUAGAAGGACUGGUGAUAUUUUAAAGGAAGUGCACUUUAGGUAGGUUCCAUUAUGCCUGAAACAUGGGAGGCAUUUUAGAGCUCUGAAGUGUGACAGUAAAAGCAAAACUGAAGAUAGCUGAUGAGAAAUGUCUGAAUUAAGUCAGAAAAAUAUUCCUUUGUCAUGUGCAAGGGAAUGGCUGUUUGACCAAGUUGGCCCAAAGCAAAUGAGGAUAUGGAUUUAUGGUGCUGGUAGCUCUUGAAGUGUACUCUCACCAUCUAAUGAGCAUUCAGAGCUCACCCUGUAAAGUGGAGUUUAUUAUGCUGUGUUUCCUGGGCAGGAGGUGAAGACUGGGAAUAAGUGAUUACCACAGCAUAACCUGCAGCAGCUGAGGGUAUAAAUGUCUAUAGUGCACCUGAUAAGUCCUUUUUGUAGGCUCACCCCCAGACCUGGGAACUUAACUGCUACAAAAACAAAAAAGCCUAACUUCCAAGUUGAGAAGUUAUACUUGGUGUAUGUGGGUGUUAAAUUUUUUCUUUCCUGAGGACUCAGCCUUUGGUCACUUUUUUUCUUCUUAAUAUACCUUGUAUAAAAGCACUUCAUGUUUACAUACCUGUAAGUUAAUGAGCAAUUGAGCACCUGUUUUUUGCUGCUGCUCUCUGAGUUAAGGGCAUUUCCCUACCUGUGGUUGUUUGAUUAGUGCACCACUUGCUACAGAGAUCACUGAAGAUACUGAUUCAAGUAUUUCAGCACUUGCCUGUGUAAAAUCCACAGCUCUUUCUGAAGCUGGGGAAAUGGUUAGGGAGGAGCUCAGUGCUGCAACAGCCAGAGGAAUAUAGGUCAGGCUAAUUGUCAGCCCCUGCAUAUGACUACUGCUCAAUCACCUUUGCAUGUCUCCUUUUUCACAUGAUCCUACCUGGAGACUAAGUCAACUGAUGGAAAUGGUUGUGACAGAGCCCAGUUAAGAACUUUAUUGCAACAUUUGAGUCAGGCUAUAAAGAAAUGAGCCUUUGUUUAAAGGCAGUUAAGUUUGGAAAGAGCAGAUACAAGAGUGAGAAAAUCCACCUUUGAACAAAUAUUUUUUUUCUGUGAGUCAGUGAUGAUUCAUGAACAGAAGGGAUGAAAGCCUCACUAUGUGAGAUGAAUGGAGGAUUCUGUUGUCAGUUCAGCAAGACUGAUUUUAAGACAUCACAUUUGUUAAAAGAUACAUCCUUCUUCCUUAUGGAGGGAGGAAUACAUUGCACUUGACUGCUUUUUAACUGUGUGCCAGGUGAGGUGCAGGAACCAAAAAACUCCUGCUGUGGAGUACCCUUUGUGCAUUAGCAGGUUGAUUGUAUGUUUAAAUUCUGUGGGUGAUGCCUCAGAAGCUGUUCCCUGUUUCACCUUGGAGCCUGGGUCCCUCAUACCCCUAGUGUAACAGAUCUCUCUUCAGUGCCUGUCAGCAAUUAACUGGAGAGGAAAAUGUGCUACUGGGGCUCUGAUCUGUGUUUAGAGGAUGCUCUGACUCACUCCUUUGGCAGAAUUAGAGGCUCGGCGUGGAAAUUUUACACCAUUGUGGCACUAUGGAAGUGUUGGGACAUGUAAAUACUCCAGGCACUUACUCUGGUUCUUAGCACUGGAGGAGGUGACUUCGCUCUGAUCCUUUUGUCUAAUAAACAAAGACAUUUGUUUAGCUACUUAAAAAAACUAACUAAAAUGGAUCUAAAUACUUCUCCAAAAUUGUGCACUAGCUCAGUAUGCAGUGUUUGAUCAGGCUGCCACAUCUCCUGGCAGUGCAUGUUCCCACAUCCUGCAGAAGUCCUGCAAGACAAAUAAUGCUUUCUCCUCCUUCCUGUGGCUCUGGAGGCCUCAUCUCAGACAUCUGUCAAGGACUCUCUCUGCAACCUUCCUGAAACUGGAAGCUUUCACUGAUGGGAAAUACCAACAGUGCUCUUGUAUGCUGGCCUUCAAUAUGUGUGAAGUACAUUUUAAUUUGUGAAAUGGUUAAUCUUUCUGGCAAGUGAUUUUUUUUUUUUUUCUGUCUAUAAAGAGCUGCUGUUGUUCUGGUUAGCAUGGAGCUGUCAAAUGCAGAUUUGUAAUGAUCUGGUACUAACUGGAUGAAUUUGGAGCACUUGAAAUGUGGGGUUUUAGUGCUGUGAAAUAAAACUGCACACUUUCUUGAUCUGUUUUCUGAGCAGCAAUAAUGACAUGAUCUUUUGAAUCAUGGUUUUGUUUUUCUUCAAAAUACAAUUGAGAGGUUGCUGUUAAA